CAACGACCCUGCAGCUCGUUACACUAUUAGGGUGCGCAAUAGGAGCUUGGAGCGUGUCGACGGCAAUGCUUCUCCAAAUCAUCGUCUCUUUGAAAUCGACAUUGCCGCUUUCCCCCCCCUAAAACUCAAUCGAAACAAAGAUCUAAAUACAGAGUUGCACAUUUGUCGCCCUCAACCACAUUCUUCGAUGGAGCGGUUGCUGCAAGUAGGCCACGACCACCGGUAAGGUUGCUGCAUCGCGGUUGGACCUGGGACCGGGAGCCAUGUUGGAGGCUUGGAGCUAAAGGGGAUUGUUGCACUGUAGGAAAGCUGGAGAGAGGGCUGGGGAAGGGGAUGGGGCUAUGACUGGGGGCAUGGGGUUGGGGAGGGGGCUAUGGCUAGGCUAGGUAGGGGAUGGGGAUGGCCGGGAAGGUGAGGAGGCUAGAAAGGGUGUUGGACAGUUGACGGUUAUUACGUAGUAGUUAAUACGGCUUGUGGUCUAGGGCUUUUGCUUUGUCGUUGAUGGCAAGGAGGAAGUACGGAUUCAUUGAUGGAACCAUCAAGAAGCCUACUGAUGCGUCAAAGCUUCCGGAUUUGGACACUGUAAACUCAAUGAUUGUAUCUUGGAUCCUGCGGAGCAUUGAACCGACCGUAGCCGCAUCUAUACCCUUCCAUGAAGAAGGUCAUUCGAUGUGGCUAUAUCUUGAGACUAGGUUUUGGGUUGCCAAUGAACCACGUCUACAACAGCUACGUACGUCUAUUAUUACCGAUUGCAAACAGACCAAGGGGAUGUCCGUUGAAACAUACUUUGCUACUCUUAUGAGUCCCUAUGACGAGUUGAAUCGCCUUAAGCCGUUACAUGUGUGCACAUGUGGGCUUUGUACUUGUGGAGUUGUUUAGAGGUUUGCGGCUGACAAGGAAGAGGAACAAUUGCAUCAAUUCUUAAUUGGAAUUGACGAUGAAGUCUUCGGGACGGCACAUUCAAAUCUUCUCUAUCUCUCAAGUACCUCUGCCCGAUAUUAAUCGCGCAUGUCAGGGUUUUCUCCAAGAGGAACGUUCUCGCGCCAUUGUUCGUGACAAGAGCCAAGCUACAGACAUACAGGCCUUGCUCUUUGAGGUGAAUGUCCCAUAGGACGCUUGGAGAAGGCAGAACGCAGCAAGCAAUCUUGUUCACAUUGCAAGCAGAAAAGUCACGAGAUCAGUACAUGUUUUAAAUUACACGGUUACCCAGAAUGGUGGGAAGACCGAAACCGCAACAAAGGGGGAACUCCGUCUGGAACCAGUGCUACGCCAGACCGGAAUUCAAAGGGGGCUGUCCGUGCACAUGCUGUAGCAGCAUCACCCGCAGAUGAGGUUGUCGUGCUUACUUCCAGUAAUGUGAAUCAACUGCCCAUGUUGACCAAAGAACAGGUUGAAGUGCUUUUGAAUAUGAUUAAUAGCGAAACAUGUUCGUGUAAUCGCAUGACUGGUAUGUCUCCUUAUUAUGACUGCAUUAUUGAUACCGGCGCUACACAUCAUGUAACUGGUGAUUUGUCACGACUUAUGAAUUUAAUUCGCAUAAAUGGUUGUCCAUUUGGGUUGCCCGAUGGUCGUAUUGUUACAGCAACGAUGGAGGGGAGUGUGUGUUUAUCCCCGACACUCUCUCUUGAGCACGUUCUUUAUGUGCCCGUCUUGCAUUGUCAUCUUAUAUCUGUAGCAAAAUUAAUUGAUCAGAUGGCUUGUACUGUAAGUUUCACUAAUUCUCUUUGUGCUAUACAGGACCUACACCCGAGGAACCUGAUUGGAUCCGGUGAGAGACGGGAUGGGCUGUUCUAUUUCAGGGGUGUACCGACUGUUCAUGCCAUUAUAGAGCGUGAAUUGAUGAACUUCGAAUUGUGGCGUCGUCGUCUGGGGAAUCCGUCAGAUAGAGUGGUCAAGUUAGUACCUGGGGUUAGUUCUAGUGUUUUUUGUAAGAAAUUAAAUAAAGCUCGUGCGGUUUGUCCACAAGCAAAACAAGUUCGUGAUUCUUUUCCUAUCAGUCACAAAUACUCUGGACAAUUCCCAAAUAGGUUCACGAUUGAUUUAAUCAGAUCCCGGGUAGAAGUCAUUGCAUCUUGUCCAACAAUGCAUGAUUGAACCCUACCCAAGACCACUCACUUGUCUCCCAACAGACGGGUGUUUAAUCAUACUUCACGGGGAACCGCAUCUCUCAUUACUGUCUCCUUCCGAGACAAGUGAUACUGACUACACUUGCCUCAGCCCCAUGCCACUGAACUUUCAUUGAUCACAUCAUGUCUAGUUACUCACUCCCAAAUGUUUUGAAAUUUUCUAGGACACGAACGCACUUUUUGAGUCAGUUGCAGGUCUACAUGACCCGUGAGAACUUCCAUAGGGCUCAUCUAUUGCAGAUGUAGACCAAUGAUUGGAAGGAAGUCCUCCUAUUGCAACAUAAGAAUCACCAACAUUUUCAGGUUAUCGUUUCAGAGUGUAUCUCUAUAGUCAUGAUAACGGGCGUCUACACGACCCCGGGGGGGCUACAUUAUCUUUGCUGACCUUUAUGGUCAUGCCAUAACAACCAGAGUGACAUCUUUUCACAUGUUUCACAAUGACUGGUUGGAAGUCCUGUUAGAGCUUAAUAAUGCUUCUAUCAUUAUAUACAGGUCACACAUCGAUGUUUACAUUGAUGUUGUGUUAACGGUACACAUCAGUGUAUCCGGUUUUUGCAUUUCAACACUCUGCUUGUUUUUCCUGUUUUAUUUCCGCAGAAUAAAAGAAUAAAGGCAUGACGCCCCGAUUCAUUAGACCAUCAUGAGGGGGAGAAUGUUCCACAUGUUUUUAAGUCUCAAAAAUCAUUCUCGGACACUUCUCUCUUCCAACACUUUCUCUACUAUCUCUAUCAAAAGCUCCAAAUGGUCAGCUACGCUCACAAGUCAACCAUCAUUUUCCGUUGUGCCACCGACAAGGUUUCCUCAAACACAAUAAUUUCAAAUAGUCAAAAAGACUACAUUAUGGUGGAGACAAAGGUCAGAUACUCGCGUACUGGAGAUGAAUCCCGUGUGAGCCUGGAAAUCAUUAGAACUAUCAUUCUAGAGGCACCACUGGACUUCAUUGAAGCUGAUCAAGAGCAACUUCUUGAAGGCAAGGUUUACAAGCAAGCCAAAGGAAGACUCCUCAGCCUCCGGCAUCAAAGAUCAAAUUGCCAAGAAGACAUCAAAUGGGAUAUUGCAAGGAUGUCUUCGGAAAGCCUUCUCAAGAAGUCAAGCUCAACGACAAAGGAAGUUGAGCUGCACUGAAAGACAAAGAUAUUCACGGUACAAUGUUGAUUCAACACGAUUGAACACCAAGGGGGAGAUUGUUGAGAAUAUUUUAAUGGUGUCCAAUCUGGUUAAAUAUCUUUGUAUUUGUGUAGUUAUUAAUUAAACGUGUAAUACGGGCCACAAAUGUGUAUCAGCUUGUUUGCUUCUUUGAAAUCCAUAAGUUACCCAUCCUCUCCUAUAAAAGGAGACUAACUUAUGAAAACCCUAAGGUUUGAGGCUUGAGAGUGAAUAGAGGCGAGAUAGAGAGAUUAGGUUUCCGCUGCUCUCUCUCUCUCUCGAGGGAGAACAGCGGCGUUCUACACGGUAUACCAGAUUCGUUGCUUAUCUC